AUGGGCGGCCCCCUCCCCUUGGCGCUGGCGCUCGCCCUGCUGCUCGCCAGCGGCAGCUCCGCUCCCGUUAAGUACGACACGGCUCCCAAACGGGAUGGGGGAAAAAUCACUGCCCAUUUGGUGCCACACACGCACGAUGACCCUGGAUGGCUGAAGACCUUUGACCAGUACACUUUUGGAAUCAAGCAGCACAUUCAGAGUGCUGGAGUGAUAUACGUUCUUGAGACCGUAGUUCGAGCGCUGCUCGAAGAUGUGAAUCGAAAAUUUGUCUAUGGAGAAAUGUCUUACUUCAGCAAGUGGUGGAGCCUUCAGUCGGAUGAGCGGAAGGAUGAAGUCAAGUAUCUCAUCGAGCGGGGUCAGUUGGAGUUUGUGAAUGGAGGAUGGGUGCAGCACGAUGAAGCGGCAGCACAUUAUGUGGCCAUGAUUGAUCAGACGACACAAGGCCACAGGUUUCUGAAGGAGGAGUUCAACAUCACGCCCCGAAUCGGCUGGCAGCUUGACCCCUUUGGGCACUCUGCAACGCACGCAAGCCUCAUGUCAGCAGGAGCAGGCUUCGAUGCACUGUUCUUUGCUCGGAUAGAUUAUCAGGAUCGCUAUGUUCGAAACAACAACAGCGAAAUUGAGAUGGUAUGGCGUGCUUCGCCCUCCUUUGGUGUCGAUGCCGAUAUUUUCACUGGAGCACUUGCACGUGGCCACUAUUCAGCUCCCCCUGGUUUUGGCUGGGAGUGGGGACAGUGGAUGCAAGAUGGCAUUGUGGACGAUGAAUCUUCUCCUGAGUACAACAUGCCCAACAGGGUGGAGGAUUUUGUCAACCUUGUCCUGGCAUAUGCCAACUACUCCCAGGGCAACAACGUCCUGAUCUUGAUGGGCAAUGAUUUUGCAUAUGCAGACUCGUGGUCCUGGUUCCUCAACAUUGACAAGCUCAUCCAUUACGUCAACAAGGAUGGAAGGAUCAGAGUACAAUAUUCAACACCCACCGAAUAUGUUGAAGAAAAGCAUUCAGAGGACCUAACUUGGACAGUGAAGACAGAUGACUUCUUCCCAUAUGCUGAUCAUGAGCACUGCUACUGGACAGGCUACUUCACAAGCCGCCCAACCUCCAAGUCAUACAUUCGGCACGCAACCUCAUAUCUUCAGGCUGCUCGACAGCUCGAGGCAGUCGUUGGCUAUGCCUCACAUGGCCCCAACACUGGAAGCCUUGAGAGUGCAGUGUCCUUGGCUCAGCACCAUGACAGCAUCACCGGGACUGCAAAGGCUCAUGUGGCCCAGGACUACCAUCGCAGGCUGUCCAUGGGCCUGGAGGAGUCUGGCAAGCUGGCCAUGUCAGUGCUUUGGCAGCUUGCCAGCGGCAAGCUGAGAGAUCAAGGAAGGCCUCUCUGGCGACCUCAGGAGGGUGAACAAAACAUUGCUCGGGCUCUUCUGCAACAGGACCGAAAUCAGGAGUCCAAGCGAGCCUUGACACAGACUACCCAGAGCUGGUCUGGGCCUUUUGAGGAUUGUUUGCUGCUAAAUGCCAGCAUCUGCCCAACCUCUGUCCUGGCUUCAGCAAAAUUGAGGAACAUGUAUGUAGUUGCUUACAAUUCUCUGGGCUGGCCACGCAAAGAGACCAUCCGGGUGCCCCUGAGCCCAGGAGCAGGACGGGCAUGGGCAGUCAAGGGAACUAACGGAACACUGCUGGAGUCCCAAGUCGUGGACGUCUCAAACAUCACCACAAGGCUCCAAGGGAUCCUUCUUGAUACAAAUCACACAUUAUCCAAUGCGAGCGAUGGAUCGCAUGAGCUGGUGUUCAUGGGAGAAAUCCCCCCAAUGGGCUUUUCGAUGUUCACCGUAUGCCCAAUGUUGCUGAACAAUGGUGAAGGCACUGGAACUCCAAGGAACGUGCAGGAGGCGUCUGCACAGCAUCAUGGAGGCAGCGAGCGUGGAGGUCAGGGCACUACGGAUGCUGCAGAAAGUCGAUCAGAUCAGGAGCAAGUUGGCGCAGAUGCACCUCACCGAGCAGGUCACAGUGAGCCCUCAGCCUGCACAGAUGACUGCAGCCAGGGAGUUUACCCACUAUCCAAGAUGCCAAAGGCAGCAAAAGGUGUGGUGGCACUGGAUAAUGGCUUGCUGCGCAUCAAUUUCAACAAACAUACAGGGCGUCUUGUCAGCAUCGAAAACCCGGAGGCAGGGUACGGCAUCAAGGCAGGCCACUCCCUUGACUGGUACCACUCAUUUUACAACAAGAGCGAAGCGGGCAUGAACUCGGGGGCAUACCUCUUCCACCCCAGAAACAAGUCUGCCCUGCUACAACGUGGGACCGAGGUGCAGACGAGGCACAUCCAGGGCAGGGUUGUGAGUGAAGUUGUGCAGGAAUACUCAAGCUGGGCGUCGCUGACUUGGCGACUGUGGUCAGGGGAGAGGCAUGUUGAGAUGGAGUGGACCGUGGGGCCCAUCCCCAUCAACGACAACGUGGGGAAGGAGGUCGUCAGCACAUUCAACACCAGUCUGCCAUCGGGCAACGAGUUCUACACAGAUUCCAAUGGACGAGAGAUGGUAAGACGUGUGAAGGACUUCAGACCGACCUGGACCUUGAAUGUCACCGAUCCAAUUGCAGGGAACUACUACCCCAUCACAGCUGCCGCAUGCAUAAGGCACAAGCCCUCCAAUGGCAGCGAUGGCGUUUACCAACCAGGGUUCGAAUUCGCUGUAGUGACAGACAGGGCACAGGGGGCAGCCUCCCUGAAUUCAGGCGCCCUGGAAGUGAUGCUGCACAGGCGGAUUCUGCACGACGAUUUUCGAGGAGUUGGUGAGGCGCUGAACGAAACGAUGUGCGGGUGUCGGAACUGUGACUGCGUUGGGCUGGUGGCCAGGGGAGUGCACUACAUCACGUUUCAGCCAGACAACAGGUCUGCACGCAUUCGAAGACAUCUUCAGCAGCGCCUGAACGACCCUCUGCUGCUGGGCUUCGGGCAUGGCCCCCCAAACCGGUUUCCAGGCAUUACAUCCUGGUCGGCAUUGCAGGAGGGUCAGUCCCUCCCUGCCAACGUGCACCUCCUCACCCUGCAGGACAUGGGAGUGGCCUCUGGGACACAGACGCUGCUGAGGCUCGCGCACAUGUUUCAGGUGGAUGAGGACGAGGAGCUGUCCUCACCCGCUGAAGUGGACCUGGGGAGCUUGUUUCCGGGUUGCAGCAUGGAAGAGCUCACUAUCUCUGCCAACCAGCCUGUCAGGGGUGUCGACAGGUUGCGGUGGAAAACAGCCGGUGGUGCUGCUCCACCAGGAACCUCCACGGACGAUGAACAUGCGGUUGUUCGUAAAGUCCUUGAGCUGCACCCAAGCGUUGGGUGUGCCUCCCAAAGCUGUUUUACUUUGAAACCCAUGCAGAUCUUGACGUUGCUGGUGACAUGUCCAUGA